AGUAAAAAAAGAAAAGAAAAAAAAAAGACGCGAGCUGCCUCGUCCUCUUCUUACUCGACCCCCAAAUCUGACACAGCGCCGGCCACCCCGCCGGAAUCCGGCUCCACCAGUCGGCCCCCUCCAAGCCGCGGUUCACUCGCCGAUCCAUUGCGGUGAAGCCGGCAGCUGGAGCGGGAUACGGCAGCGGAGGUCGCCGGGGACAGGAGACGACGAGGGGGAUGGAGGCCGCCGUACUGGAUCCCCUCGGUGGCCACGCGCGACCUGCGGAGCGACGGGAGGCGCCGGCGUCGACCGUGCACUGUGGCAAUGGUGAAGAUGCUGCUGCUGCAGAUGAUGACUCCUGGUGUGAUGCUUCAGAUUCUACAGGACAUGAUUCCAGCUUACACAGAGAAUGGACCCACAGGCAGGACCAGUUUCAUAAGAUGGGCUAUAGGGAUGGUAUAACAGAAGGGCAGAAGGAUGCUGCCCAAGAGGGGUUCAACCUUGGGCAUAGGCAGUCUGCGGAUGUUGGAUACAAGUGGGGUCUUGUUCGGGGGAUUACUAGCAGUGCAUUUGCUAGUCUUUCCGACAGUCUUAAAGAAAAGUGGCUGCUCGACGCCCAGCGUAGAGGAAAACUUGAAGAUUUGCACAACUUCGUGCAAGAAAUUUCAGGACAGGGUGCUCUGCAGUUGUUUCACGAGAGUACUCUUAAGAAUAAUCUUCGACCAGAGGAGAGCAAGCUCCAAACAAUUACAAAGGACCUUCUCCUGUUGUUGCACGAAUGCCCAGAUGUUCAUGUUAGUGAAGAGUUGAAACGAGUUCCAUAAGCAAGGUCAUACAUGAAAUUGCAGGCACCACUGAUUUUGAAGUCUGAUAGAAUCACCCACACCUAGUCUUCUGAAGGAUGUAACAAGGGCCUGAAGAACUAUCCCAAGCAGACUGGAUUUUCAUGGAACAUGUGACAGACUGUGUUAUCGCCGACCUAAGUUUGACUCCAAUGGCGGAGUCUGUACACGGCAUGGACGAUCUCGACCAUCUCAUCACCCAUGAACUCUCAGAGAGCAGGCUGUUCAUGCGUGGAACAUGUGACAAACCACAUUGGUGCCAACCUAUGUUUGACUACUCCAAGAGUUAUGAUUGAUUGGAAAUUGCCAUUAGAUUACUACAUGUUUUUCUUUUUCUUUCCUAUAUCUUGUUUCGCUGGAACAUUCUAGUGAUCAUAUAUCGGUGAAACCUUCGGUUACCUUAGAGAGUGUGAGUUGGCUUUGAUAGCAGUUCAACCCUGUAGUAUUAACUUAACCUACAAUGACAUGCUGUGGUUUUUAUUUGUGCUGCUGGAACUGAUCUUAGACUGAUGAAACAUUCA